AUGUCAUGGAGUGUUGGUUAUCGCGGGCCUCCUCAUUUUAGCAAAUUUCCUUUCAAGUAUAAUUCCCCAGUGAACGAGAACGCCCAAAACUGGAAUCUUUACCGCUUAAGUCUGGUGCGAAUGAGAUCACUGCAGGCUCACUCCACCCACUGGCGAGCAACAUGCAGCUACCCGACUCGCGGCAUCGAUUUCAGAGACUACCUCCGCUGAAACUUCAAGGAUUUCAACAUCGUUGAUUUCCUUGGAGACCGCCAGUGCAAGAAAGUGGAAUACAUCAACACCCGGGGACACGUGGGUACGCAUUUGAAGGUGCCUUUCUGGCAGAGGCUAAAUUCAUACACUCUGCAUACUGACAGUACAAAUACUCACCGUCAGUUUAAGACCAUGAAGACUGAAGCGGUAUCAGGUGAAGACAACUUUGGCCACUAUGGGUCCAUAAAGACCAUAAACUCUAAGUUUCGCUGCACACAUUCCCACCAGUCCACUACUCAGUGGUGGUUUGGAGCUCAUAUGUAAUCUGUUCGGAGAAGCAACAGCCUUAUAAAGGGUUGCAGAAUUGGAAUGCUGCCCUCAAACGUGAUUUAUAAAAAACAUUGAUUUAUAGAUGACUAAGAUACAACAUCGUGUAAUGCUUUGCAGAUCUUAAAUAAAAAUGUUUGAGUGAUCACCUAUCAAGGCGUGUGAAUUUAAUUGUGGUGGGAUAACAAAUGCGAACCAUCCAAAAGGUAGCCUGUCCCUGAGUAUCAGGCGUUUCUGGGGAAAAGGGGAAGGAUGGAAUCCCCCCUCCCCCAUCUCAAAUCUCCUCUCCCCUAUCCCCUUAGGAAGGCCUGAUACUCAGGCUAUCCAAAAGGCGGCGCGGCACGUGGGAAUGGAUUUAAUGUCGGCAAACAGUUUUGACUUUGAAAACAAUACAAGAAAAAGAGGAAAGGAGACAAACUCCCUUUUUGCGACCAAGUGCGAAACAAAAUAAAAGAAAGCCUCAAAAAUGAAGAACGAGGAUUUCUUUUACAUUUCAGUUCAAAUUUAUGAGCAAAGAAUAUAUAAAUGAUUUUUUGAAGAGAAAUUUAUCAAAAAGGCAAGCCAAGUACGUUUUAUUCCGCGAGGUUCAAUCCCCUUUUGCCGUCGUGGUUGUUACAAUGUAAAAUAUGUAAAAACGUUUUUGCAAAAUGUAACAGCUGAAAUGUUACAACUUUUGAAGCAAAAUGUACAGCCAUUAAAAGCAAAAUGUUACAGUUUUUAGACGCAAAAAGGAACAAACUUUUUAACACGAAAUUUAUCAACGAAAAAUAUGUUAAUCUUUUUACAAAAAAAGUCUUUUUGCGAUUUUCUCAUAUUUAUUUGACUAUACUCGAGGGUUAAUAAGAGGUCUUAAUUAUAGGUCUUAAUCGAGGUCUUCCAAAAUUCCGUAGAACGUCCUUCAAGGUAAACGCACCAGUGAACGAGAACUCCCAAAACUGGAAUCAGUACCGAUUGAGUUAGACCCGAAUGAGAUCACUGCUGGCUCGCUCUACCCACUGGCGAGCAACAUGCAGCUAUCCGACGCACGGCAUCGAUUUCAGAGACUACCUCCGUGGACACUUCAAGGACUUUAAAAUCGUUGAUUAUAUUGGGGGAGGCCAAUGCAAGAAAGUGGAAUACAUCAACAUCCGGGGACACGUAGGCAAGAAUCUGACGGUCCCUUUUUGGCAGUUUCGUGAUCAAAGCCUGCAUAUUGACAGUCCAUCCACCUACUGUCAGUUUAAAGCGGCGAGCUCUGGCGCAGUGUCAAGUGAAGACAACUUUGGGUGGUAUUAUAAUAGUAGAUACAACCCAAAGUUUCGAUGCACAAAGGAUACCAAGUCCACUACCCAGUGGUGGUUUGGAGCUCAUCUCUAGUCCUUUUGGCGACAAAACAGGCUGCAUUCUAGUUAUAAAUGCCCUGAAAGAAAUCAUCAUAAGUAUUAAUUAAAAACUGAUUAAAGUAAUCCCCUGGGACAGAACGUAACAGAGCUAUUUUACAGAUUGAUAAAAUUAGAAUUAAUAAAGUAAGCAAUGAUGUCAUAAAAUAAAAUUACGCAGGCCAAUAAAAGAUUGAUUAUGAUAUUUCCUUUUUGAAUUAACUGGCUGAAUCCCGUAAUUAAUUGUUCACAGACUGCAUGCUCCGCAUUCAAAUGAGUUACAAUUCAAAGUUCAUAGAGUUCGCUCUCACAUCUUCGGCUCCUGCUAACAUUUUUCUCUUUAAGUGCGUAAAAUCCCUUGAAAUUGGGGCCGGGCGAUAGAACAAUUCUAGAAUCCAACCAACAUGAAUCUUAUGCAAGGCUUAGUAGUAUAAGUAUAAAGAAUACCCCCCGCCCCUCCCCCCUUUUGUUAUCGAAAUAACACCCUAAGGUCCACUAACAGUAGACGCCUGAAAAACACAUAGAGUCGACAAUAAGGCAAGAGAAAAAUAUCAAAUGCAGUCGACUUCCGAUAACUCCAACACUCCAGGGAAAUCGGAAAAAAUUUGAGUUAUUGAGAGUUCGAAGCAAAUAAGCGGAAACUGAAGGGAACAAGGAACUGGGUUGGGGAAGGAUUAUGCAAGUAUCAUGCGCAAAAGAUUACGAUUAAUUAUUUCUUCUUGAAGAACUGCUCCUGACGUCAGGAAAGAAAGUAAACCAGUAAAAGAAGAUAUUUUCGAAUGGAUGCGGUAAGGCUUGUCUCUCCAGUUAAGUUGCCUUAAUAGAUUUUCCGUAAAAUGGCUGAAAGAGAAACCGUAGCCAACGUGACUAUCUUAAAUUUGCCAAAUCAAUUCAAAUCACCUCAAAUCAAAAUCUUAAUAACUAAAAGUAGCUAACUCGCAAUAGAGCAAACAUUACUUACAUGCCAGUUUUUGGUAGUGUUCAAGCCAAGAGAAGCUAAGAGAAGUGCGAUUAGACAGUUUUCUUUUUUCUAGGUAUCUGGGUCUUGAAUAAUGUUGUGUAGACACAGUUUAUAUAUAAUUCUUGCUAUUAUAAAUUAUGGCGCAUCACGUAAUUAGAAAUAUAACUUUGAUUUAGCAGAAACCUGUGUGCAUUCAAUUGAAAGUCCGGAAACAAUUUUUAGCAAGCGUUGGGCCUUGUAACAUUGUCUCUUGAGAUUAAACUUUUUCAUAUUUUUGCGGGACAGUUUCUCGAGUAAAUUAAUCAAUAACCACCGGAACAAAACAACAGUGCCUCCAGCAGUAGACCACCGGGUUGACACGGAAGCACUGACCUGCUAAAACCUCAUCCCCAAAACACAAGUCCCAGCCAAAUAAACGUUUGUAAGCGGGCAGUGACACAAUGACUCCAUCAGUUUUCAAGAAUGAACCAUUGGCUACGUCUGCACUAAAAACUCAGAAAAAUGAGGAACUUUGUCAUUACACCGGGACUAUGCCAUGUGACACUCCAGAUGUCAUGUACAGUUGCGGAAACUGAAUCCUUUCUUCUUCCGCAAAAAUUUAACUUGUUAUUUGAAAGAAGUUUUCAUGUUUCAAAUUUAUUGACCUCUAUAUACUUUAUAUGCUGUAUGUAUUUUAUUCUAUUCAUAUGAUUGCUUACAGUAGAGGGGCACCUAUUCAGUCAAGUUUGAGAAGACCACCAGGCAGUAACAAAGCUUUAGAUCUGUCGGAGAGUAGCGAUAUUUCAUUGACAGUAUUGAACCGCGAAAAAAGCAAUGGCAUUCGGAAACAUCGUGGCUUUUAUUUGCGUUAUUUCGUUUGUAAGUGAUUCAGUGGCCUUGAACGCAAUUUUCAAAAAAUCUCCCGUUGAUUCAAAUAGUGCGAAAAAGAUGUCUCUCCGGUUUAAGAAGUCGUUUAAAAAUCCCAAGUUAACUGGAACUUGAAGGAAAGUAAUAUUAGGAAUUUCAGGCAAAACUUGGCGAGGCAAAACAGCAACCGAUCGACAUGACUGCCAAACUAGAACUUCUCAUUAAGGGACGGCGGUUAAAGCUUCUCUCGAUUUGCCUAUAAGAAAUCGUAAAACUGAAACUGGAAUGAAGCGAAUAUGAAGAAUUCAAAACCUCUAGCAACUGAUUAUUUCUGUCCCUAUUUAUUCUUUAGGCGUUUGCAGCUGCCGACAAUCACAGAGUAGUGAGCAAACGAGGUUUAAAUGUUCUUACUGUGGGCUGCAAGGUAUAUUAUUUUGAUAUGUUUGCUUUAAUUUACUGUGCGUUCUUAAAUGGAAAUGAAAUGUCAUCUCCGGCUUAUUACCUUAGUACGUUCAUCAUUGCUUUCUCUUGUUUCAGUAUAGGAGUCAAAGUUAUGAAUAAGAUGAAACUUAAAAAAUAAUAAUUUAUUAUUUGUAUUUAGAACAUCACAAUGAUCUUUUUCUGUUAGAAAUUCCUGUCUUUCUGCAAAGGAAAAAUAACUUUUUUCUCUACUUUUUCUUUUGUAGGGGGAUGCCUGUCCUCAAGCAACCGGCAAAACAACGCAAGAGGUAUUCCGUCCAACCUCCUGCCUUGAUUAUCUGCUCCGAGGUGCUUCCAAAUGCGGCAUCUACAAACUUUACAACUCAAAGAGUGGAAGCAGUUUCCCGGCGUAUUGUGAUCUGAAAUCUGAGCCUGGUACUGCAUGGACACUGGUGAUGUCAUGGAGUGUUGCUUAUCGCAAGCUUCCACCUUUUUUCAGUUUUCCUUUCAAGUACAACUCUCCAGUGAACGAGAACGCCCAAAACUGGAAUCUCUACCGCUUAAGUCUGGCGAGAAUGAGAUCACUGCAGUCCCACUCCACCCACUGGCGAGCAACAUGCAGCUACCCAAUAAAAGGUAUCGAUUUUAGAGAUUACCUCCGGGGAAACUUCAAAGACUUCAACAUCUUUGAUUUCACUGGAGAAGGCAAGUGCAAGAAAGUGGAAUACGUCAACAUCCGGGGACAUGUGGGCCUGCAUCUUACUGCAGCUUUCUGGCAGAGUCUUAAUAAAUGGACUCUGCAUAUUGACAGUACAUGGACCAGGUGUCAGUUUAAGGCAGCCAAGACUGUUGCGGUGACCCAGGAAGACAACUUCGGCUGGUACGGAACAGCCAUGAACAGCAACUUUCGCUGCACACAGGGGACCCAAUCUACCACCCAGUGGUGGUUUGGAGCACAUCUCUAA